AUGACCACCUCCGUUGAAACAACCGCAUUGAUUGCGAGUCAACCUGCAAACUCCGGCAAGCCUCACAGCCUUGAAAGUGACAGAAUACUAGCCGACGUAAAGCGACAAUUGCUGGACCUGAACGAGCAACUACGGCAGGCGCACAGGCGCGACCCAACCACCAUCAACAGGAACAAUCAGACCGGCCCCUCCUCCAACAUGAAGCACAGCCGGACACAAAGAGGCACUGGCCAAUCCGGCCACCCGGCAGUAUGCAGAAACUAUCUACGAGGCCGUACAUGCUUCAAGGGUAACAGAUGUCCCUAUUUUCACUCUCCCCACGCUCAAGCUCACAUAGCGACCACUGAUACCACCUUACCCGGAGAAGACACCGAUAGGCGUGUAAGAACACGGGAAAGUCAAAAGGAGUGCCACUCAACGGCGGAGGCAGAAGGGUCACGUCGCUCGCUCCUGACACACUGGCCCGGCGACGAAACGAAGCAUGUGACUGCUGCUGCUAUUGAACUCUCGUCCGACGCCUUGUCAAAGGGUACCUUUCCCUCAACUUCUUAA